AGCAUGUGCAUGCAGCGUGAAAAGCAUUCCCGUAAUAGCAUAUAUAAAGCUAAGGUGUUUGUAAUAAUACUUAGACAAGAGCUGACAACGGCUAGCAAACGUUGACGAUAAAACCUUAAAUCAAGACUCGCGAACGGGAAAUAAGGUUAAUAGCUCGAUAUUCUUCAAUUCUUUAACAGAAGUUAAACACUCUCACUGAAGAUGGGUCAAUUGUACACAGUAAAUACCCGAAGUCGAUGCAGUGAAUGUGUAGAAACUGGCGAUAAUCCUCCCCAUCGAGUCAUAAACAAUGGUGUUUAUCGCUUCUGGUCUACUGUCAGCCGAUCGAAUGGUUGUUAUUUGAAAAGGAUUUCGGCCAAUGUAAAGUGUGAUGGUACUAAUGAUACUGCUGACAGACAAGUCACACUGGUGACGGCUCGUGAGCAUUCUACUCCAACAAACAAACGAUUUCGAUUUGUGAUGGAAAACCCUAGUAGUUCUACUAACGAGUAUGUUAUCACUGGAAGUGAUGAAGGAGCCGAAGUAUACCUUCAGGAUGUACCAAAAGACUCGACGCCCCCUAAAGACGAAGAGAGUUUAUUUGAACCAGAAUAUUACUACUCCAGCACUCUUUUCCGUUGCUGGAACGUCAACGGUCGGUCGGACCUCUACAUUGGAUCACAAGCCGAUGGUAAAGUAAUAAUGAUCAAAGGAGGCAGCGAGCAGUACCCAAACCCGGAGGUUCUCUUCAGACUUGUGAAUAGUAUUUAGAUAAAAAAACAAACC